UUCGGUCUCGUUCCUCCACACAUUCCCAGAAGCAGAAGAAGCCGUGCUGCAGUGUUGCUGAUUGAUGAGCUGAGCUCUCCGACUCUACUAAUCAUCUUUACAUUCCAAUAUUUCUGACAGGGUUUUACCCCCACAGUUCCAUCUGAUCCGUUGUGGGUGUAUUUGAGGUGGUUAACUGCGUUCUGCUGUAAAGCUCAAGGUUACAAUCUGUUCCCUGAUGGAGAUCUGUGCCUGAAUUCCAAAUGGCCUUCUACCUCCUAUGCUAGUACAGUGUCCUAGGAGUUGGAGAUUUGAGUGAUUUUCGUACUUCCAUAAGAACAUCACAAGUCACGGCUAGGAUGAAGUCAGAAGAGAUACAACCUGAGGAUCCAGAAACCACAGGAAGCUCAAACAAUCAGCAGAGGUUAUCUGGUACCUUAUGCACUAAAGAUUUUCAUAGACAAGUUAAAAAAGAACUUCACCAGUGCUCACAGUGUGGGAAGCGUUUUGGUCAAGUGAGCACUCUUCAAACACACCAGGGCAUUCACACAGGAGAGAAGCCGUAUCACUGCUCACAGUGUGGUUUCAGCUUCCGUUACUUCUGUAAUCUCCAGCGUCAUCAGCGAAUCCACACUGGAGAGAGACCGCAUCAGUGUUCAGUGUGUGCAAAGAGUUUCGCUACCCAGAGCACUCUCGAGAGACAUCAGCGCAUUCACACCGGAGAGAAGCCUUAUCGGUGUUCUCAUUGUGCAAAGAGUUUCAUUGAGAGCGGCAGUCUCGUUAACCACCUGCGCAUUCACACAGGGGAGAAGCCGUAUCAGUGCUCAGACUGCGGGAAGAGUUUCACGCAGAGAAGUACCCUUCGCCAACAUGUGCGCAUUCACACAGGAGAUAAACCGCAUUACUGCUUAGACUGCGAAAAGAGCUUUACCCGCCAGAAUGUUCUUCAGGUACACCAACGAGUUCACACAGGGGAGAAGCCGUAUUACUGUUUAGAGUGCGGAAAGCGGUUUACUUUCAAGAGCAAUUUCAGACGACACCAGGGUGUUCAUAGAGAUACAAGUUAGGACAGGUGAUUCCUUGCACAGAAUGUGGAGAGUUUACCAUGUUCCUGAUGAUCCUGGUGUGAUUCUUCUACAGCCAAAAUUUAUUUAUUUUUAUUUCUUUGUAAUUACUAAAACUGUAUUCCAUAGUUUUUACCUUUUUUUAACCAUGAAUGUUUAACUAUAUUAGACUUAUACACACACACACACACACACAUACUGUAUAUGUACGGGGCUCAAUUUGUGAGGGGAUGCGUUGAAAUUCUUUUUUAAAAACCAUCCCCUCUGUAAAAUGAUGAUCCCCCGCCCCAUUACCAUCGUCUUCAGAUUAUUAAUGCUGUGUAUUAUGUAAGGUUUGUUAUGAAAUAUUAAAACUCUCUAUGUAUGAUCAUUUUCAAGCUAAUAACGGCGACUAGCCAAUCAGAAAUUAAUAUUGUAACACGCUCACGAGCUCACGCAAGUUUGUCAUUUUUCUCCCUGUUCACAUUUUCGCAACGGCCCAGAGAAUCCUCUCAGCGAAGACACUAUGAAAACCAUCCAGAUAGCACAGGUACGUCGCGGAGACGUCUGCUAAAGAGCGUAUCAUCUGGUAAACAUCGCGUUCAUUUUUUUUAUAGUCAGAUUUUGAUCGUCUGUAGAUCGCCUGUUUGAGCUGUUAAAUGAUACAUCGUCUUUACAUCUAUACGACGUCUAUACGACGUAUCUUUAUCAUCCGAAAUUUGCUGGUAUGUGGACGGGAAAUAUAUAUAUAAAUAAUCUGGAAAUAGAGUGGAGAAACACCAAAGGAGAAUCAACCAGAAGGUGGCGGUAGUGCAACACUUAUGGAUGCAAGCCGCCGUUAAACUCCGAAG